UAGGGUACGGCUAAUAACAGCCGCGAUCAUCACCCACACGCAGUACCUGUUUACUCUGAAGGGGGGAUGGACGUGAUGGGAGGCGUUUCCAGCAUUAGCCCAGCUGUUGGGUUGAGCGCAGUCCUGCACAUGCUCGGUUAAUGAACCAGUUGGCGUUGGAUGCAUGAAACACGGACGGCAUCUCCUCGUUAAUUAAAAAGUGCCUACAUAAAAUGGAAAUAUGAAGCCGGGUUUGGCUUGAGCUGGAACGAUAUUUAAACGCUGCAUAACUGAGACAGCACGCCUACAAAGAGGGACUGGCGCGCCUUGGCACCGGAGGGAAGCACCAAACUUCACAGGCGAACUGAGCAUCAAUUUAGGACAAAAUAUCAGCACACUGUAAGAGCAUGUUUCCGUGGACUGUUUUUUACAUCAUGUAAAUUUAUAAUUAUCAACUUAAGAUCCAGAAUAAGGUUUGGAAAGCGGCAGUGAUUGUGCUCAUUUUGCUCUCCCCAACCGUGCCAAUGCUGGAAUGGCUUGUGGCUCUGUGCAUUGUGAUCCUGGUGGUCUUAAUCUGGCCAGGCUCCAAAUAUUUUGGCACAGAGAGCCAGUCGGAUACCUUGCUUCAGAGACUGGGAAUUUCACAACAGACAACGAAGGACAAGACCGGGAGGUGCGUCUCAGAGCGAGAGGGGAGCGACGGUGCCCAGGCCGCCUGUGCGGGUGCCGGGACCGAUGGGAAAGCACGUAGCGUGGCACUAAUAUGCAAACCGUCGGCACUGGCCAACUAUCUCCUAAAACACUGCAGGACUUUCAGUAAUUACUCGCCGUGUGUUGGGUGGACGUGGCGGGCCAGCGCCUUACUUCAGAGUGUGUACAAGGCGUGCUGGCCGUACAAUAGCCCGGUCCAGUUUGUGCGGGACAACCUGCAGCUGAGCGAUGAUGGGCUGGUGGCCUUGGACUGGGCAGUGCCAUCCUACCAGAAACGACGCAGGACUUCCAGUCACUCCACCAGUCCGGUUCUGCUCAUCAUCCCAAACUCUUUUGGGAAGAUCACUAGAAAUGUGUUAAAGCUGUGUGAAACGGCACUGUCCCAUGGCUACCUACCGGCAGUUUUCAACCGCCCGCAGCCCUGCUUCCACUGUGCUCCCUUCCACCCUAUCCUGCGCCUCUUUAAAAUUGAUUUACUGAUUUUCUCUUGUUGUCUCCUUUAUUAUAUGCACAGGUACAAGACGGUGCUGGGUGAGACCAUACAUACAGACACCCUGUUUUCUAGCUGUUCCUUGCGUGGCCUGGAAGAGGCGUUGUUCUGUCAGACUGGCUCAGCAACAGCAGCACCAGCAGGGACCAGCAGUAGCUGCAAUACUUCAGGUACCUGGGAUGCUUACUGGGAACGCAAUGAGCCCUUGAGAGACGUAGACGAAGUGGCUAUUCCUGUUCUGAGCGUGUGCGCUCAGGAUGACCCAGUCCGCGGUGACACCCAAUCCACGAUACCCAUGGAACUCUUUGAGACAAACCCACAUUUUUUCCUCCUCCUAACUGACCGUGGAAGUCACUGUGGGUUCUCCACCCAGUCCGAGGGGAGCGCCGCUGGUGCAUUGGGGACUGGCAGUUCUGCGGCUGCACCGAACAGUGGGAUGGAGAGCCGUCGGACCAACUGGAGCCACAGAGCUCUGCUGGAAUUCUUCAGGGCGACCACAGACUUCUUUGCUGCAGAAGAGAGAGCGAAGCAGCUCGCUGCAAGAAGGAGGGGACUGGGGGGAGGCGCAGGAGGGAGGGUUUUCCGCCACCGCAGCGUCAGUACAUGUAAACGAGUGCCAGCGUGUUCCCAUAAUAUCCAUGCCAUUUACAACUGGCAGAGGUCCUACACACGAUGAAGGAGCUUAAUGGAAAAUAAUGGACUUUAGGGAUGCUUUCUGAUAUUGUUUAGACUUUGGAUGUGAAGAACUCAGGUUGUUCUCUGCCUGUGUGACACACAAAGUGUGAAGAUAUCUAAAACUAGAAAAGUGCAGAUGUUGUGAAGUACUGAGGUCAUGGAGUACUUUUAAGUGUGCGUUGUUCUCACACACUUGAUAUCAGCUAUAAAACACUCUGACAGGAAAAAAGAUCACGUCAGGCCACACGCUUGCAUGCAGUUAUUAUGUUUAACUGUAUGUUUAACAGUUGACAUAAAACUCUCAAGACGAGUGGCUAUAUAUUUUUCUACAGAGCAUAACAAAUCUCUUCAUUGCCAGCUGUUAAAUCUGAAGGAUGCUGUCACACAUUCAUUUAUUGAUUUAUCAAUUCAACUGCCUCACAUUUUACACAGUUUACACGGCAUGUUUGAAAAUUUAACACUUAUUGUAGCAUCUUACUGUUAUUCUUUUUAACACUGAAAGGAUAUUUAUAGGGGAGCAAACGUUUUGAAAGUCUUGUGCAUAGAGUAGAAAGGGGGGAAAAAAAUCCUGUGAAAAUUUAAAAUUAAUUUGAGCUAGUCAAAUGAUCACCCAGUGUUAUUGUACACACUAUACUGUGUAUAUUAUUGAAUUUUGUCUUCUGUAUUGGGAAAUGUCCUGUGAUUCCCAGAAUAGAGGAACUUAUGUGUGUUUGCCACCCAGUCAGCUUUUAGAGGAAAAUCUGUGUCAUGACGUUAUGAUAGUUUAAUGAGCUGGAUGGCUGGAAGCACUUUGAGUUUUGCUGUCUCACUAUUUUAAACUCCUAACCCCCAAACUUGUGCUCCCAAGGUUUCACCCGACCGCUCAGGAUCUGAAGCUGGUGGAGCUGUGAGGGCGGCUGGUUUUGCGCUACGAUGGAGCGUUCAAGACUUAGUGGCAUAAUGUUGUUUGAAACAUUUCUCAAGUCCCUGGAAAUUGUGUUAUUUGGGUUAAUUCGUGUGCAUUCAGCAAAUAAAUUAUAUGAAUUCAAACAAUAAAAAGUAAUAAAUAAUAUAGUGUUGAAAGUGUUGAGAGGAGAAACACUUAGAAGGGCAGCUCAACAGUUUGUUAAGCAGGAAAAGGUCAAGGUUCAGAAUAGUAGAAAGCACCAGGACACAAAACUGCCAAGCACUGUUUGUCAACUGAUUUUUGUCUUCUGUUUUAUAAAUAUGCGAUAAGUCUGCUAAAUGAGUUUUAUUAUGUGAUGGAAUUUCAAAAUAAAAAAUAUAUAAUAAUGAAUCAAGAUGACAAAA